AUGGGCAAGGCGCAGAUUAUUCAGCAUCAAGCGAGGCGUAUUCUCUCUCAAAGUAACAGAAAUUGUUUGUUUCGUCGCUCUUACGAAACCCUACCGGCUGCGAAUCAAACUCUGCCUAGCAGAAUCAAGACGGAUAUCAAUCAGAAGGCAAGCAUCAUCCCACUGUUAGAGCAAUGGAGGAAACAAGGGUAUGAAGUUAAUCCAUCUCACCUUAGAGGUCUUAUUAAGAAUCUUAGUGACUGCAAAAACUUUACUACAGCACUUGAGGCAUCAAAGUGGAUGUUUAAACACAGUGUGUUUGAUAAUUUUCCGGAAGAUUGUGCAGCUCAGCUUCAUCUAGUUAACACUGUUCUUGGUUUGGAAGAAGCUGAGAAGAUGUUCAAAAACAUCCCCGAGAAGAUGAGGGAUUACUCUGUUCUCUUGAGCUCUUACACGAAACCUGUGAGAACAGUAGAUAAAGCCGAGGCCACGUUUAAGAAAAUGAGAGAGCUAGGGUUCUUGUUGAAACCUUACCUGUUCAACUCUAUGAUUUGUCUCUAUGGUCAGCUCCAGAGACUAGAUAUGGUCGAGAAGCUUCUAUAUAAGUUGAAGAAGAACAAUAUGGAAGUCGGCAGUCUCAAGGUGAACAAUGUUUCGAGAGUAUACGCGAAUAUAAACGCGAUGGAGAAGUUUAAAACGUGGGUUAGUAAAGAAGGAAUCGAACUAGAAAGAGACACAAUCGUUGCAAUGGCAAAAGCUUACCAUAGAGCUGGUUCAAUAGAAAAGGCGCGAUAG